GUAGUUCUUCUGCUCUUGCAUUUCAGGAAAAUAGCGGUGCGCGAUUUUGUGGCGACGUCGAGGCAGGUGAGGUGAUGCCAAAGUUUGAGGAAGCGUCUUUUUCUCCUCAGCCUUUCAGAUCUAUUGACUCGUCUUUCCAUGUUUUGGAGACAUUUCAGGAGCACCACUGGAUCAUUUUACACUGUUAAUGUGCCAGUGUUCAUCUCAAUGGCCGUUCUUGCGGUCGUUUUAUUUGCCACUUCCCUGUCCACCGUGCGCACUGGUGAAUGUCAGACGAAUCCGCCGGAUGGAUGGAUGCGUAACGUUAAUCCCGUGGGAGACGUGCGCGAUGAUAAUUCUUCUGGCCGCGUUUCACGCAUAUAUGCCACUUAUGGAUUCUAAAAAUAAUGUGUAAUUUAACCGCAAAUAAAACGCUCGACAUAUCCCUGUCUCAUUUCGGUUGCUCUGUGGUGACGAAUGGUAGACGCCGCGCCAAUUGAACAAACCUAUAUCCAGAUGGAAAGAGGACUAAAGACAGGGGCUCAGGCUUAAUUGUCGCUGUGUUAAAAGAGCAUUGCACGACGAGCUCCAGUGCAUUGUAUCGGUGUGUACAUGGAAACAGGUUUUCUACGAUGUGACAACUGCCAUUGUCUGCGCAGAUUCGCCUAUGAGGACAGAGAAUGGGGGCCUCUAGGGGCGGAGGUCGCCCACAUGCAAAUGAUGCGAUUGCCAACCUGCAGGCUGAACCAAUAUAUUUUUCAUGGUGGGGGUGGACUUUUCUGUGCACCGUCCUCACCUACCUGCAGCGUGAAUAUAACACCCUCAUGGUAUAAUCAUCAAAAUGAAAGCUGACCGCCCUCACGGUGCGUCAUUAAUGGCGUCUAAAUGAAUCCCUGAUUAUUUUCCAUUAUUCUUUAGGGGCCUCAUCUCUUGACAUGUAAGCAAGAUGCCUCCAUUAAAAUGGAAAUCACCAGAGAGCUCCCAGCAGCGUCAUAUAUCUUCAUCAGAUAAUGUGAAAAUGCAAUUGUCUCCAGAGGGUACUGAGGGCAAGGAGGCCCCCAAAGUCACAAAACAAGAGCCCACCAGAAGGUCAGAGAGAUUGUCAGCGCAGAAACCUGCUCCACCCAAGCCUGAGGCCAAGCCCAAGAAGGCCAUCGUCAAGAAGGUGGCAGAUGAUAAAGGGGCGAAGGGAAAGAAAGGUGGUGCUAAGGGAAAGAAGGAAGAUGGUCCUGCCCAGAACGGAGAGACCAAGACCAAUGAGGUAACUGAGGCAGGGGAAGAGGGUACUCAGGAGAAGGCGUAAAGACACUGGCGCAUCCACACCGACUUGUCCCUCAGACUCCAUGGCAGCAAAGCAUCUUUUUUUACUGACAAUUUUUGUACCAUGCCGAAUUUUUUUUAGAAUUGUGAUAGUAGAGACGGACAACCAGCAGCCCCAUCCAAUAUCUUUACACUCUUUUCAGCUCCCUUCAUCUUCAGUAUCUAGGGAGCUCCUCCAUUCUGUAUCGCUAUACGUUCUGCCUCUCAGAAGAAAAGAGAGAAUCAAGUGGCUUUAUUGGACAGCUGCAGAUGUUCUUCACACUACAACCACGACUGUUAUGAUCUCUAAACCAGCUCUACCUAUGUCUGUAGUUACUGUUCCCUGUAAAAGAGGAUCGUUAUAAUCUGGCACCUCCCCUGCUGGUUAAAGGUGAAUUUGUGGAUGUGCGUGACAGCAGUUUGGAUGCAGAGCUACAAGAAUCCAGGUCCAUAGUCACCAUGGAGAACAUCUGCAGCUUUUUUUAAAAAAUCUUAAUUUUUAGAUCGCCACAUUUGUGUUUCACAUAGCUCCUUUUUGUGUGUGUGUGUGUGUGUGUGUGUGUGUGUGUGUGUGCAUGAGUGGGUGUGUUUGUGGGUCUCUGUGUUUGACUUUGUUCACAUCUCCCACCCCCACCUGCACCACCUUUAUUCCCCCAGCCGACCUCCUUGCCCUGCAGUAGAGUGACAUAGCAAUAAUGAGUGGUGCUUCUGUUCUAGACAGCUCUAUUGGCUUUGGACCCUCUGGGCUUCUUUGAGUUUCAUCCUGUUGGGAGACUAUUUUGAAAUAAAAGAAAAACUUGA